CUUUUUUAUAUUUUUCAUCUCAACCCUCAAAUCCAAACAGCCAACAAAGAGCCAUUAAUUGCUUUUUUUGAUUUUUCAGCUAUUUUUCAUUACCUUUAAGCAACAGCAAAUUUUUCACUUGAUUGACAAGUUUUCAUAUAUAUACUCGUGAAAUGAAUUCAAUUUAUUCCGGUUCUAGUGUUUCAUCAUUCAAGAAACAAAAUCUCUUUGAAAUCAUCUCUACAUUCCUAUUACUCUUUUUUCAAAUUUUCUCCAACAUGUCGCUUGUUGAUUUCGGUUCCAGGAGCUCAUUAAAGAGUUUAAGCCAGCACAUUGGCAGUAAUCAAGAAAAUACCAAAAAUAAUAAUAAUAGUGAUGAUGAUGAUGAUAGGGAAAUCAUUAAUGAAAAUUCGUAUCCUAAAACUGCUCCAGUUUGUUUAAGAGCUCCAGGAAAGAGCAACGAAAAUGUGCAUGUUACUAGAAAGGAUUGUUUCAACGCCAAUUUGGUUGUUUUAGGCGGACCAGACAGUCCAGUGUUAUAUUCCAAUUUGACCUCCACCAAGAAUACCGAACCCAAAUAUAUUUUAGCCGGACCAGUUUCUAAUGUUUUUUACCCAAAUGAAAAGAUUACAUUAAAGAAGACUUUAAGAAAGAAGUUGUCAGUUCCAAUGUUGGGUGGUCCAAGUUCUCCAAGUCUCUAUGACUAUAGAAAUGUUAAAUCGUUAAAGGAUAUUCAAAAGAUGUAAACAGGGCGAUAAUAAUUGCUAAAUCUUAACCUGUUUUACUAAAAUCCAAUUACACCAUAUUACAUUAAAUCAUAUUUUAAUUCUAAUGAAUAGUGUGUUCAGCUAUUUGUUUUAUUUUAUAUUGUUAUUUUUUUAUUAUCCGUUAGUUUUGCAUUAUUUUUAAGUUUACUUCCAGUCUUAUUCUUAUUUUACUCUUUACUCUACUCUUAUUUUUAUUUUAUUUUAUUUUAUUUUAUUAUAUUGUAUCAUUAACUCUAACUCAUAAUUAAAUUUUUUCAUUUCUUUUUAUUCUCAGCCUCAUCCAGAUCAUUUUAAAUCUUUAUUCUAGCUUAUCUUCAUCUUUCAUCGUCAUUUUUAUAUAUAUAUUUUUUACAGAUGAUUUUAUUUAAUUAUGAUUCU